AUGGAGACACAUACAAAUCGCGAGCACUUCAAGGAUGCUCGCGCCACUCUAGUACAAGAAUUCUGGGCAGAUUCAGGUGUUGACACUAAGAGGAUGAAAGUCGAUUUCAAAGAGUCCGUCAACAACCGGAAAGUAAGAUAUGUGAAAGAGCUUGACCCACUCCAAGCUCAAGCAGAGGAAUUGGAGCAGCAGGUGAAGAAAUAUUCCAUUUUCAAGAAAGUCCUGUCGUCGGAUGUUCGGAAAGAAUAUGAAGAUACUCAGCGGAAAUUGGAUGAGGUGAAGCGCAGUAUCAAGGGUGUGCAGGCACAGAUAGAGGAUUACUUCGACAGUGAAGGCAACGAGUUAUGCCAUGGGCAGAAAUAUUUCCGUCAAGCGAUCAUUAGCAAGCGCACUGAGCUUCCAAAAUUGGACAAACCAAUGGAAGAAGCAAAGGCGUUGAUGAAGAGAUUGAGGGCGAAAGAUCCAGAACUCAACGGCCCCUAUUUUUUCCAGCAACCUUGGGAGACGGCGGAGCUUGCUUGGGUUAAACUUCGAGACGAAAGAAAUACGAUGAGGAAAGAGUUGGAAAUGGACGAGUUCAAAUUGAGGUUUCGAUAUAAGGAGGCAUUCAAUGAGAAGACGGAGGAGUUCGAAUGGAAAGAACACAGUGAGCAGGAGCUAGCUGACAUCGAAGAGAAGGGGCACGGACACUGCGGCUGUCAAGAUUAUUUUCAGCGGAGAGAACACGGUUUCAAGAGACAAACAUACAAGUAUUUGAUUCCAUACUGUCCAGGGACCAAAACACGCCGCGAAUACGAAAUGAUGUUCUGCCGGGAAUAUGGGGAGCAUUUCAACUUCAAGACCCGUCGCUUUGAGCCCCUGCCUUCGAAGGAUAAGCCUCUGCCUUCGAAAGAUAAGCCUGUGUCUUCGACUAGCAAGGCCUUGGAUUCAAAGAACGAGGUCGUGGACUCGAAAAACGAGGUCGUAGAUUUAAAGAACGAGGUCGUGGACUCAAAAAACGAGCCCCAACCCACAUACGACAGUGCGACUUCAUAUUCGGCCUUGGGAGUAUGUGAAGCGUGUAUGAUGAACACCAAUAUUGACCGCCCGCCUUGUCAUUUAUGUGCGAAAUAG